AGUCUCAACUACCACUUUUUGCUCAUGCAAAAGCACGAAACUCAAGGAUUUCAGACUGCCCCAGUAAAAGAUAAAUCAGUUUUAUAGAUUUCUUCUAUGCUGUACUGUCCUUGUCUCCCGUUACUCCGUCACUCAGCUAUUAACUCAUUCACUCUCUCUCUCUCUUUCAUCACUUCACUUUCUUUGCCCAAUAUAUACCCAGUUUUUUCCCCUUUUAGACAUGACCGUUAUCUGAUUUCCAAGCACCAAACUCGCCGGAAUCUGACUUUCAUUUCAGUCAGACCCAGAUCUUUCUUUUCUAAGAUAUAUGUGACUUUGUACCUAUGAUUGUGGGAAUUGUUGAAACUUGAAAGGAUUGAGCCUGUUAACUAGUCAACAAUGAUGAAGAAAAGGCAUCUGCAUCAAUCCAAACAUGUAUUUGAUGAUUACCCUUUUGAAGCUCUUUUGUAUGGCUCAUGGGAAGCAGUGGAGCUCAUCAGAAUCAUAAAUGGGACUAUGGCCAUGCAUUUCAUGGAUAGUCAGUACAUAAUUGAGGAUAAAAGUCCCUUCUCAAACCUCCGUAUACGGUCAAGGCAAGCUACUUUAUCUGACUGCACCUGCUAUCUGAGACCCGGCAUCGACAUAUGUGUGCUUUCAGCAUCUCAACAUGCAAAAAGUUCAGAUGAGGAAAACCGGGAGCCUGUGUGGCUUGAUGCUAGAAUAAGCUCUAUUGAGAGGAAGCCUCAUGAAUAUCAUUGCUCAUGCCAGUUUUAUGUUAAUUUCUAUGUUAACCAAGGCCCUCUAGGUUCAGAGACAGGAACACUUAGUAAAGAGGCUAGCAUAGUGGGAAUCGAUAAAAUCUCCAUCCUCCAAAGGCUUGAACGUGUUCCUUGUGAAGAUCGACACUAUCGUUGGGCUUACUCUGAGAACUGCUCUGAGUUGCCCAAAACUAAAUUGUUUCUGGGGAAAUUCGUUUCUGAGCUUUCAUGGUUGCUUGUUGCAUCACUUUUUAAACAGAUUGCUUUUGAUGUAAGAUCGGUGAAAAACAAGAUUGUCUAUCAAAUUUUGGGAGCUGAUGACGACAGCUGUACAUUAGACUCGGGUAAUUACUUAAAUGCUGUAAAUUUUAGAGUAGAAAAUGAUAUCUUACUACCCACUGUAGUACAAUUUUUUCCGGCAGAUGCCAUUGAGGCAGGUCCAGCUUCUGAAAUGCAAGAAGCUGGAUCACCAUCUUAUGAUCUCACGGGCUUGCGACGUUCCAAACGUCGAAAUGUACAACCCGAGCGCUUUCUUGGCUGUGAUAGUGCGUCAGAGAUAGAUGUUGGCUUUGUCCGAACCAGGCCAUACAAGAUAGAACAGUGGAAAGAUGACGAAAUGUUAUUACCACUAGCUUGCCUGUUUGGUAAUCAUGCAACCAGUUCAGAAGUGCAAAAUGAGGUUGAACAAAAGAUCUAUUCCCGAAGUAAAAAUCCCUGUAAAGAUCUACUAGUCUGCAAAAGUAAGAGUAAAUCAAGGGAGGUAAAAUCGAGCAUAGCUAGUCAAAUAGAACAUAAAAAUCAACUUGCUAUUGUUCCUCUGCCUGAUGAAAGUGAUCCAAUAGCCUUUGAACACUAUCACCAUCAUGCCAAGAGUCGCCGAAAUUAUGAAGAUGAUAUCACUGAAAUUUCCUCCAAGUAUUAUUACAUUGAUAGUACCCCUAAAGCACAGACAAAGAAAAUUUCUGGCUUGGAAGAUAUGGAUUUUGAAGGUGGAUGGGAAGGAAAAGCUUCUGAGAGAGAAGUCCAAAGAAAAAGACAUCACUCUGUAUAUACAAAAAGGGAUAUUCCUAGUGAAGAAAGAACUUAUCAGAAGAGAUCCUUGAGUUUUGGUGCAUACAAGGAUAUGAUAAAUUCUUUCUUGAAGAACAUGGAUACAACAGUCAAGAAAGAUGAGCCACAGAUCAUUGACCAGUGGAAAAAAUGCACAGAAACAAACAGCUUGGACCAAAGCACGGGGUUGGAACCGCCCCCAGAUGAGGAUGAGGGGGAGAUCUCAGAGACUGACAUGUUGUGGAAAGAAAUGGAACUAGCCAUGGCAUCAAGUUAUCUUUUUGAAGACAAUGAGGGCUCAAACGCUGGAAUGUCCAUUGGGAUCAUGAAAAAAUUAAGUGAAAGUUGCCAGCAUGAAUACAAAUUGGAUGAAGAAAUUGGAAUUCUGUGCUCUAGAUGCGGCUAUGUGAGCUCUGAGAUAAGAGAUGUUUCAGCACCCUUUAUGCAAUUCACAAGCUGGAACACAGAAGAGAAGCAAUGCAAUGAAGAAAAUUCUAUGCAUAAGCCGGAUGAAGAUGAUGGUUUGGAAGUUCUCUGUCGUCAAGCCUCUGCUGAUGUGCCAUUAUCAGAAGAAAAUGAGAAUGUGUGGGCCUUAAUCCCUGAACUUAGAGGAAAAUUACACUUGCACCAAAAAAGAGCUUAUGAAUUUCUAUGGCGAAAUAUUGCUGGGUCUUUAAAACCUUCACUUAUGAAACCAGCAUCCAAGAAAACAGGUGGUUGUGUUAUUUCUCAUUCUCCUGGAGCUGGGAAAACGCUUCUCAUUAUUUCAUUCCUUGUUAGCUAUUUGAAAUUGUUCCCUGGAAAACGACCCUUGGUUCUUGCUCCAAAGACUACACUGUAUACCUGGUACAAGGAAUGCAUCAAGUGGGAAAUUCCUGUUCCAGUUUAUCUAAUUCAUGGUCGUAGAACCUACAGAGUCUUCAAGCAGAAAUCACCAUCCUUUCACAAACCUAUGUCUUUUCCAGGAGUUCCAAAGCCCACUGAUGAUGUCAUGCAUGUUUUGGAUUGCCUAGAGAAAGUACAGAAGUGGCAUGCACACCCAAGUGUUCUUGUCAUGGGUUAUACCUCAUUUCUAGCAUUAAUGCGAGAAGACUCAAAGUUUGCACACAGAAGGUUUAUGGCUAGAGUGUUGCGGGAAAGUCCCGGGAUAUUGGUACUAGAUGAAGGGCACAACCCUAGAAGUACAAAAUCAAGGUUGAGGAAGGUUUUGAUGAAAGUUGAAACAGACUUGAGAAUAUUGCUUUCAGGUACAUUGUUUCAGAACAAUUUCUGUGAAUAUUUUAACACCCUCUGCUUGGCAAGACCCAUGUUUGUCAAUGAAGUUUUGAAGGAAUUAGACCCAAAAUACAAGAGGCAAAAGAAAGGGACAGAAAAAGCACUCUAUUUGAGAGAAGCCCGAGCAAGAAAGUUCUUUUUGGAUAAGAUUGCUAAAAGAAUUGAUUCAAACGUCGGAGAAGAGAGGAGGCAGGGUAUAAACAUGUUGAGAAAUAUCACAAAUGGAUUUAUAGAUGUGUAUGAAGGUGGAAGUAGUGACAGCCUUCCUGGUUUACAGAUUUACACCUUAUUAAUGAAUUCAACUGACAUACAACAUGAAAUCUUGGUUAAACUGCACAAAGUAAUGGCUGAAUGCCAUGGAUAUCCGUUGGAAUUAGAGCUUCUCAUAACCCUUGGGUCAAUACAUCCUUGGUUAGUGAAAACCACAAGCUGUGCUAGCAAGUUUUUUAACAUGAGGGAGCUAAUGGAGCUUGACAAGUACAAGUUUGAUCUGAAGAAAGGCUCAAAAGUAAGAUUUGUUUUGAACCUUGUGUAUCGCAUUUUCAAGAAGGAGAAGGUACUCAUCUUCUGCCACAACAUUGCACCUGUUAAAUUGUUUCUGGAGUUAUUUGAGCACAUCUUCAAGUGGCAAAGGGGUAGAGAAGUUUUGGUCCUUACUGGGGAUUUAGAGUUAUUUGAAAGAGGAAGAGUGAUGGAUAAAUUUGAGGAGGCAGGGGGGGCAUCAAGGGUACUUCUUGCUUCAAUCACAGCUUGUGCUGAAGGGAUUAGUUUGACAGCAGCUUCUCGGGUGAUAUUAUUGGAUUCUGAAUGGAAUCCUUCCAAGACAAAGCAGGCUAUAGCAAGGGCUUUCCGGCCUGGUCAGCAGAGGGUAGUUUAUGUGUAUCAGCUCUUGCAAACGGGCACGCUCGAAGAAGACAAGUAUCGAAGGACGACGUGGAAGGAGUGGGUGUCAAGUAUGAUUUUCAGUGAGGCAUUUGUGGAGGAUCCUUCUCGUUGGCAAGCUGAAAAGAUUGAAGAUGAUGUUUUAAGGGAAAUGGUGGAGGAGGAUCGAACUAAAACAUUCCAUAUGAUCAUGAAGAAUGAAAAGGCUUCAACAAGUUGAUCAGAGGCAAUGAAAGUGCAGUUGCCUGCCUUUUCCAUUGGACGCUCCUUAGUACUCUCAGGGAGAUGCAUGGCUUAAUGCCAUAAUUCAUCAUGCAGAUCCGAUCAUGUUAUUAUUGCAUAUGUGAAUUCUCAUGUGCAUCAAGAUUUAUUUGCUCUCGUCAUUUCAUAGACCACUCUCCUUGUAUGAAACUUAGCUGAACUGCUCAAAUAUUGCACACAGCCUGAACUCAACUCAUAUGUGCUUCGUUAAAUCACCAGUUUCUCUAAGAGUUUAAGUUGAUAAGAAAUUAUGAAUUUAAUCAUUUAAUUAAUGUUCUAAUA